AUGCGAGUUGCCCAUCUCAGUGAACUCGAUCGAAUGGAUCUCGGACGUGAUCCAACGGCAUUACGUCAGUUUGCAGAAAAGGCGCGGACUCAUUUCUUCGAUUUGACGCGGAUUGGAGAAACUUCAAGCUCUGACAUCAUUGAACGUUUAUGCCGGAAACUUCAUCCAGCAGAUCGACUCGAGUGGAAUUCCAGAAGAGGAACUGGAUUGGAGCGUAGAAGUCUCAACGAAUUUGGGGAGUGGCUCUGUGUAAGAGCUUCGGCUUAUCAAAACGCGUACAAUAUUGCAGCAGAACAAUCAUCUGGAAAUGGGUUUGGCAGUUCACGACAUCGUACGACCACCGCUCGUGCUCAUCACACUAGCUUCGAACCAGAUCGUUCCGACAAGCCCUACAAAAGUCGUUGUUAUUGUUGCAAUGAAGAGCACCGUGUUUUAUCUUGCCCAACGUUCAAGGCAAUGCCGACCAAGGAGAAGAUCCGAUUCUGCAUUAGAAGGCGGUUGUGUCUCAAAUGUUUUGGGGCGAAGCAUUCAGCCAAAGAUUGUACGUUUGGAAAAGGAUGUGGAGUGAAGGAUUGCCCUUAUGAACAUCACAGCUUACUCCAUGAUGCAGGGAAUAUUCCGACUGUAAAAGGCGACAGUCAUCACACUUCUCUUUCAGCCCGAGCGGAUCAAAUGAAGGUGGCGCUGGGAGUAAUUGGGACCGAAGCCUACGCUAUGGAUGGUACAGUUAUUCCGGUGUCGGUGAUGAUCGAUGAAGGCAGCGACACUACACUGUUUCGAGAAGAUUUCCUCCGGCGCCUGAAGAUAAUAGGGAAGAAACAAAAGCUGGAUCUUGUUGGUGUGACAGGUGCCGAACGUUACGAUUCCCAACGUGCUGACGUGCGAUUUCGACUACCUGACGGCGAAGAAACGAUUAUCGCCGGACUGACGAUACCGCAAGUCGCUCGCCCUACUCCAAUUGUUAAUUGGGAUGAACUGAAGCAACGUUGGCCCCAUCUUGCCGACGUGCCCGUUAUGAAGAAUGGAGGGAAGAUUGACGUAUUGCUGGGCCUUGAUCAUUCUCAUUUGAUUGCAGUGUUAGAAUCGAGAGUAGGUGGAGAUGAUGAACCAUUUGCCUCUCGAACCCGAUUGGGAUGGAUUGUUCGUGGCUUGCUUGGAGGAGACAUUGGUCCGAUGACUGCACGCUCUUAUCAUCUCACUGCAACGUCAAGAGAAGAAGGUCCGGCUGUUCAAGACUGCUUAGAUGCCGAAUUUAGAGCCUUUUGCGAAACAGAAAACUUUGGAACGGAGUUUCGAGGCGAAGGUUUGUCGGAGUCAGAGCAGAAGGCCGAGAAAAUCGUCAAUGAAGGUUUGCGAAAAUUAGAAGUUGGCUAUGAAGCUCCGCUGACUUGGAUUGAAGGUGAACCAGCAUUUGAAAAUAAUCGAAAGCUCGCACAACAUCGUCUUCAAGAUUUACGACAACGCUUCAAGAAGGACCCUAAGCUUGAAGAAGAUUACCGAAAAGCCAUAAAGAAAUAUAUCGAUGAAGGAUAUGCGUCGCUAGUUGAAGAUGAAAAUCCCUACUCCAACGACCAGUUUUAUCUUCCCCAUCACGGAGUCUACAAAAAGGGAGAAAUCGCCUUUUCAGCAGAUAUCACAGCCAUGUACAGCCGAAUUCGACUGAAGCCAAGUGAUGCCCGAUUUCAUCGAUUCCUAUGGCAGGAACCUGGAUCAGAAAAGAUUUUAACGUAUCAGAUCGACCGUCUGCCCUUCGGACUAAAUUUUUCUCCGUUUAUUGCUCUCAAGACAGUGCAGCGAGCUGCUGCCGAUGCAAAGACGGGGAAGAAGGAUUGCAUUGAAGCGGUCGAGAAUAACAUGUACAUGGACGAUUUAUUAAAAGCUGCCGAUAGUGAAGAAUUAGCCAUUGACAACGCGAAGAAUAUUCGGGACGGAUUGGCAGAAGGAGAUUUUCAUCUUACCAAUUGGAUCUCAAACUCACCAAAACUUGUCGCAGCUCUUCAACCAAUUGAAAGCUCUACCGUUGAUUCAACAUGCAGUUUAGCUUCUGAUGAAGCCGAAAAGUUGCUGGGAAUAUUUUACGAGCCUAGUACCGACGAUCUAACCUUCCGAGUAACCGGUGCGGAUGAGGUGGAGUGGACACGUGCUGGAUUACUCAGCAAAGUGGCCGCCGUUUAUGAUCCAUUAGGUCGUGCAGCUCCUCUGAUUGUCAAAGCGAAGAUUAAACUACGCGAAUUAGGCAUCAAGGGCCUGAAUUGGAAGGACGUCGUGACCGGAGAAGAUAAGGCAUGGUGGCAACGCUGGUUCAGCACGCUGAAACAAUUAAACAGCAUCCGGAUGCCAAGGAAUCUUCAGCCGAACAAAAGAAAUAUCAAGAACAGUCAACUCUUAACGUUUUGUGAUGCAUCUGAAGAGGCCGUUGCAGCUGCAGUGUAUUUGAAUACCUCCUACGAAGACGGUUCCUCUAGUUGCCGAUUGGUGAUGGCGAAAAUAAAAUUGGCUCCUCGUAAAACUAUUUCAAUUCCUAAAUUGGAACUUAAUGCCGCUCUGCUUGGCGCAAGACUUUCCAGGUACGUGGAAGAGGCGCUAAACCUUCCUGGUCUCACCCGACUGUUCUGGACGGAUUCAAGUACCACACGGAAUUGGCUUCGAGCUGUUGCCGCUCACUAUACGCCAUUUGUCAGCCAUAGAAUUGGAGAAAUUCAACCUGUCACCGAUCCGAGCGAAUGGAGAUUUGUGCCUGGAAAACAAAAUAUCGCAGAUGUCGCUACGCGGUCGCUUCUCGUCGAUGAAGAACCAAUUCCACCUGGCUGGCUAGAAGGUCCUGAUUUCCUGAAACAACCGGUUGACCUGUGGCCAAAAGAUUUACCCUGGAUGGCUGUUUCCGCCGAGCGACGUGCUGCCCAUUCUCAACAUUUGACGAAAACACGGUUCGAGCAUGAUUGGUCAAAAUUGAAAAUUGAUUCAUCUAAUCUUUCCAGCUGUCUCAAGAUGGAAGGCCCCUACCAAGAGUUGGUGCGUCGGUGUCAAGAAGAGGAAUUUAAUGAAGAGAUCCAGCAGCUCCGCCGAAAUAGACCGCUCAGCCGAACAUCGAGACUUCAACAAUUAAGUCCGUUUUUAGAUAGCGACGGAAUUCUACGACUUGGAGGCCGCAUCCGUCGAGCCCGUUUACCCUAUGACAUCCUGCAUCCUCCAAUCCUGCCAGGAAAGCAUGUUCUUGCAGAGGCGAUCAUCAUAGCGAUCCAUAACGAGGAGCAUCACGUCGGCACGGAUUUUCUACAUUCAAAGGCUCGGCAACACUUCUGGAUUCUACAAGGGAAGGAGCUGGCAAAGAAAAUUCGCUUCAAAUGUUCAACUUGUAUUAAGACAAGAGCCAAGUUAGCAACUCAGAAGAUGGGAGAUCUUCCAGCUGCCCACCUGGCCCAAUCAUUGUCGACGCCGGAUUUUCUUUAUUGUUUUCGUCGCUUUGUCGGGGAGUAUGCAAAACCAUCCGAAGUCUUCAGUGAUAAUGGCACGAAUUUCGUCGGCGCAGAAAAGGAAAUGGUGGCAGCCGUUCGUGAGCUACAGAUGGACGACAAAUUUCAAGAAUUCGUUCAAACGAAGUCGAUUGUUUGGAAAUUCCAGCCGCCCAGUGCUCCACAUUUCGGCGGAUCUCAUGAAUCGUUGGUGAAAUCCGUGAAAAGAGCGCUCUACCGAGCAUUGGAUACGGAAAAGGCCAGCUUAAGAUAUCCGACGGAUGAGAUGCUGAGAACUCUGCUGAAGGAGGUAUCAGGCCAGCUAAACAGCCGUCCCUUGACGCUCGCGAGUAACGACCCGGAAGAUUUUCGACCAAUUACCCCAAGAGAUUUCUUAAAUUUGCCGCCAACUUCCGAUUUACCUGCUGGAAUCGUCAAAAAUGGUCUCCCUCGGGACCAUGUGAGAUAUGUCAAGAAGAUGGCUAAUCUCGUUUGGGAUUUGUGGACAAAAUUUUAUCUUCCCACUUUAAUUCCUCGACGAAAAUGGACGAAGGAGGAAAGGAAUUUUGUCGUCGGAGACGCCGUGAUGGUGUCAGAGAGCAAUCUACCGCCCAGCCAAUGGAAAACGGGGCGCGUGAUCGAAGUCUUCCCUGGAUCCGACGGUCUCGUCCGAGUAGUCAAAGUGAAGACUGGUAGCGGUGAUUAUUUACGAGCAAUCCAUCGACUAGUAUUAUUGGAACAAAGCUCGGCCAGCGUUCCGCUGACCUCGGGGGAGAAUGUUCCAGCGAAAAUCGACGCUUAA